CCCGGCGUAAAUGAUCAUUAAAAUAACGGUUGCAACAGCAAUGACGAUUGACGAUUGGCCAGUCGUUUCUCUAACCUGUGUUUCUUCUAUUUGUAAACAUUUUUGAAUUACGAUGACACGAUUGUUUAUUCUAUUCUGGCUUUGCAGUGUCAGUUUGGAAUUCGAGGGAAGUGUUGUACUGAGGAAUUUAGGAGAGAGACAAUACAAUUCGUUAAUAGAAAAAUCCCAUUUACCAACGCAUGGAGCUUGCUGGCACAAUGCGCUGAAAGUUUUAAAAAAUAAUUGUGAUAAAUUGAACGAUCACGAGCAUUCGCUACUCGCUUUGAGACUGGCCAAUUGUUUUCUGGAAGACUCUGGUCAUGCAACGUACGAUUGCUACUCGAGUGAAUCGGAGGACAUCAGGAGGAAAUGCAUCAAUGGAAUGUCCGAUCGUGCUUUCGGAGUUUAUAAUGAGUUCUAUACUCACACAACGCACAUCUGCUUUUUCCUGAAUCACGAACUAUGGCAGAUUGAAACCAAUAACAUCAUAAAAGUUCUGUACGACGCAUCGUCGAAGAUGAGGGAACAGCUUCACGAAGCUGCUGAAAUACAGGGGUCCAUGCUGGAGAGCCAAAAAGAGGGUUUGGCCCUGCAGAAUAAAUUGUUGGACCAUGGGAAGACCCUCGAGGGCAUCAUUGAGUCAUCAGCGGAAACUGUCAAUGAUAUGGUGACUGAUUUCAGGGAAACAUCGAGGGAUCAACAGGCUCUUCUGUAUGAAAUAUUUUCGUACAUGCGGGCUUUUCAAGACUGGAUAGUAGGUGAAGUCUCGUGGUUCCAGUCAAUCGCAUAUUUCACAGUGACCUGCAUCAUCUGCGCUCUGUUCAGUGCAUCAAAACGCACUGCUGAGGCGCGAGUAACUCUAUUCACUAUUCUCAGUAUGAACGUCAUCCUCGAGAGAAUGUUCGUUCAGUACAAACAUAAUAUGAAAACGGUUUCACCAGACGAUGCAUCUGAUCCUUCUUUGCAGAUUCAAAUAGUUUUGUUCACUUGGUGGCUGCGGAAAGGAGCUCUACUCCUGUGUAUCGCAACUCUAUUCCACUCGUACUUAACGUACAGAGACGAGACUCACGAAAAUUAUGCUGCCCUGAAGAGGAUUGAGAAGCAGCUGCAUACGUUGCAGGAGAAUCCCGUGACUUUCCGAUAUACAACACGACUGGCUGUCAAGAAACUGAAAGAAGCCCAAAUGAAUAAAAAAGAAUUAAAAAUGUGAAUUUAAAUUCCCCGGAAAAUAUGAACUGCAGAAGACUGAGAACGACUCCAAUGAGUUUUGUAAAUAAAUUAUAAUGAGAUAAAAUAUAAUAAUUCAAUAAAA